AAAGUUUCUCGUUACUUUGCUUGUCGUCAUCAGAAGAAUACUUAAAUUUCUAUUUUAAAGUCUUCAAAAGAAAGGAAACGAGAUCUCCUCUUGCGAGCUGUGAUGAUGAAGGUUCUUUCCAUGGUCCUCGUGCUGCUGCUAAGGCUUUUCGUUACAAACGCCUGUACCGAAUUCCGCUUGACUUCCGAAGAUAACUCGGUGGUCGUCGGUCGGAGUAUGGAGUUCUUCGAUCUAAGGUAUGAUCUCGUUGUAGAACCUGAGCAGUAUCCUGAUAUAGCGAUUCCUAAGAAAGAAUGCAUCGUUCAUUCCCCAUCGCUUCUACAGUGGAAAAAUAAAUAUAGCAUUGCAUACGUCAACGCUUUGGACUUGCCCGUAGCUACCGAUGGUUUUAAUGAAGCUGGUCUUUCUGUUGCUGCAAACCUCUUCGUUGGCUUCGCCCAUUUCCAGAAAAUACCGGUCGAAAAAUGCCACAUGGCGGUGUCUUCUUUGCAGCUUCCAUUGUGGAUUCUUGGAAACUUUGGGACAGUUCAGGAAUUAAGGGAUGCUUUGAAGAAGGACACUUUCCCUCUGGUGUUUGAGUUUAACCUUCCUGAAAAGGUUAAGAAAAUCCUUCAGCUUCACUAUUCCAUCGUGGACGCUUCUGGGGAUGCUAUCGUUAUUGAGUUUACUGAACAGGGGAGAAUGGUAUUCGACAACACUCUCGGCAUCUUAACUAACUCCCCGCCCUAUGAUUUCCAUCUAAUGAACGUCCGCAAUUAUGUUGAACUUUCCAAAUCGGCCCAUGAUUCUCUGGUGUUGGGCAAAAUGACGUUCGAAGCUACUGGCCAAGGAAGUGGACUCCUAGGAAUACCCGGUGACUUCACACCGCCAUCAAGAUUUGUACGCGCGGCUGUCAUGGCUCAUUUUUCCGAUCAAGUCCAGACAGGCAAAGACGCAGUUAUCAAGGCUUUUCACAUCUUGAAUACCGUUGAUAUACCCCGCGGAACGUCCUUUGAUUACACUGUUUGGUCUGUUGUCAAAGACUUGACGACAAAAUCGCUUUAUUUCCGAUUCUACGAUGACCUUACCAUUUGUGUACUUCACAUGAAUGACGUCAAGAAAGACAAAAGGCUGAAAAUGAAAAUGAAUGAAUGCAUUGGUGGUUUUGUUAACAUAGCCAAAGACCUCAAGCUGGCCAUGGUUCAUGAUGAACUUUAGGAAACUCCAUGAUGAUUCAUUGAAAAUUCUCAAUCAGAGAGAAUUUUCGGUCAAACUCCGCCGUUCAAACAACAGACUCUUGUGUGAUUGUGUGAAAGAGUCUGCUAGGAGCAAAAUCUCUUGUGUGAUUCUAAAGUGUGUACUCUAGUAUAAUAUCUUGUGUGAUGUAGAAGUGUCUCUCAUGAAGAGCGAUAUGACUUGGGAGUGUUUGCCUAAAGCAUAAGGGAACCUUAAUGUAAUUUCGAGUGUGUUCCACAAGGAAGAGCUCUAAUGCAACUUGGAGGGUGUGUCAAAGUACAAUUUAAGUCUGUGUGAUUUGGAGUUGUACGCUAGAAGCAAGGAACAAUGUUCAAUUGAGUGUCGUGAGUAAUCCGAGAUUGUGUAGGUUAUGCUUUUCUUCACUCUGUGAUUGGUCCAGAAAACUUGCACCACCUUCUCAACUAAUCAGAUACAAAACUAAAACCAAUCAUGAAUUGAUCGCCCACGUUCUCCCGCUGCAGAUAGUUUGGUAGUUUUUACUUUGAGUUCUCAUUGGCUCUUAGGGGUAUUUUCUUUCCUUCUGAUUUUGGCCGUCGGGAUUACUUUGGUUUUAGUUUUAUAAAACCAAAAAGUGCUCUUAAAUAUUGUGUGAUUUAGAAGUGUGAGCCAAAAGCGUAAUUUAGACAAAGGGAAAUUAUCAUUACAUAAUUUGGAAGUGUGUGUGAGAUAUUCCAUGUAUGAUA